AUGGAAGAUGGACCCCGGAGGAGGGCAGAGAGUGGAAGAGCCCAACGGCAGGGAGCCUGGCCGGGGGACCCCCUCGGGUGCCGUGCAGCAGCUGGUGUUGUGAAUCAGGCCGUCACCAGUCAGAGAACGGCUACUUCACAACACCAGGGUCGCACCGCACCACAGUUCGACCGCCGGCCGGAGAGGAGUGGAGGUUCCCGUGGGCAGGCAGGGGACGUGGAGCACCUCCUGGCUGCCUCCACACGAGCCCAGACCUGCAAAGCUCUGGGCGAGCUGCACAUUUGCGGCCAUUUGGUGCUGCGCAGGCAGGGUUUAGUGGCUGCGGCCGUGGCCGGGCCUGGUGGCCUCUCACCCCUGGGGCACGGAGCUUCGGGCAACAAGGGAGCAGCACGAAGGCUCCACAGCCGAAACCAAGAAACCACCGCCCGGCCGAGCUCUGCCGCCCAGAGGGACAGCGUUCGCCACCCCCGUGCUCGGCACCGCCUCAGGAGAGGGGGUUUCCGCCAUGAAGGCGACAAGACCCGGCAAGAGGACGAGCACAGCGAAGCGGCGACGACUCCUCGCCUCCUGCCCGCUCCUAUGAUGCCGCAGUUAAGGUCAGGGAAAGUGGUAACUGCCAGCGAGGUGAAGUCGGCUGACGGGAUGGUCACCAGCCCAAGCUCUCUGGGGGUCGGGGUAGGACGUGAGCCAGGGAAAGGGUCAGUAGUCAAGCAGAGUCCUCACCUGGCAUCAAAGAGAAAACCUGAGCAGCCCUUAUCUUCUUGUCUGCAACCCACCGUGCUCCCCAGUGUUGCCUGUGAGGAAUUUGCUCCUCUUGUGCCCAUGCAGAAGGAGCAAGCAAAGGAAAAAUGGAAAGCAAUUGAGCAAGACUCCAGUCCACAGGCUGUGAAGAAGCUUAAGACAAAUCAAAACAGGUCAGAAGAUUCCAAGGAAAAGGAACCUCACUACGCUAGAUCUCCUGCUUUAGGAAAAAAUACUCAUGAAGCACAAAAUAUAUCAGUCUGGAGAAAGAAUAGUACCAAAUUACUUGAAUUUGAAGAUGGCUUUAAGAAGACAUCUAAGCCCUCUGUAAUGGCUAAAGGAGAAAAUUCAAACAGCGUGGCACAUCAUUCUGCUGCUUCAGGUAGCCUGAGAGUGCUAGCUCAGUUCCAUGAUGAUUCCAAUUGUCACAAAAGCAACACAGAUGAAAAACUGAAGAAAGUUAAUAAGAAAGCGCAGCAGUGUACCUGUCAAAGAACAGUACCUAUGACUGGUAAAAAUGCGUGGCCUUUGGAGUCUUGUGCCAGGACUUCUGAAUGGGUGCAUAAAAAUCAUGGGUCCAUCUCAGAAGGAAAAAGACUUCUAAGGGCUGCCUUCAAGGAAUGCUCUGAUAAAGGCAGUGUUAAAGCUGUAGGAAACAGUGCUGUGACUGGGAAUUUGAGACAGGUGGACUUGCAUACGUCAUCAGCAGAAAUUAACAAAGAAUCUACGCAUAAAAUAAUGGAUCCAAAUACCAAAUGUCUGGCUUCACUUGAAACACCAGAACCCUCUUCUGUGGAUAUUUAUGAGACUUUGAGAAUAAGCAAUGAAAAUGUGGAAUCACCUUUUAAUAUGGAUAGAAGUGCCGCAGCUUUUAGCCAUGAUGAUGUGCAAGAAGUUAAAGCAACCUUGAAUUUUACAACAAAACAAAAAGAUAAAAAUAAAGGAGCUGUGACAAAAAGAAACCUGUCAAUGACAGUACAGAAUGGUACACCUACAGGUAACACAAACAGAAUAAACUUCAGCCGUAAAGCAUCGGUAGUGAACCAGACAUUUUAUGAUUUAAAGCUAAUGAAAGUAUUAAACACUGGAAACCUGACAAAAUUCAAAAUUCCUUUAUGCAGAAACAAACCUGAAUCCAGGAAAUUGGAAUCUGUCCGUUCAUUUGAAAGAAAAACCUGUAGUCCACUAGAACUUCUUGACAGCACUAGUGUUUCAAGAAGGCGGAAAACAGGUGAAGAGACUUUUUUGGUAAAUUCUGAACCACAGCCUCUUCCUAUUGCAAGUGAUACUACAUCUGUAGCAUCCAUGAAGAAAAAAGCGGAUGAGAUCAGCAGUAAGGACUUUCGGCAUGAUGGCUCUGAAAACCUUUCAAAUGAGAUGUCUGCGCUCCCUGAACAUUUUUCUUUAUAUCCGUAUCCUUUUCUUGACAAACUAGAGUCAUCUGUGCCUGAUUUCCGUGGUACUGAAUAUGUACUAAAAUCUAAUUUUCCUGAUCAUUCUUGGAAUGCAGUUGAUCUCCCUGUUGCAUUAGAAAUAAAUGAUGAUAGCAAAUCAAGAGGGAAUCUUUCACAACACAAAAGUCAAAAUUUUCUAGAUAUUAUUGAAGCUUACAAAGAAGAUGUUCUUGUCAUUGAUGUGAUUCAGGAUGACCCUGACCUUUUUGGAACCAAUAAUGGAGAGGAGCUUGCACUUGCAGACUCUGAAAAUUGUCCUGUGAAGGUGUCCUAUACUAGCAUCUGCAUUAAAGACAAAAAGCAGGAUCUUAAGCCUGAAUAUCCUGCUAUCUCAGAAAACGGAGAUUCAGUAGAUGAUAAUUUUAGACACAUUACCAUACAAGAAUCUGGAAUGUCAAAUGCUACUGAAAAUUCCUGUGAUGGGGUGCUAAAAGCUAAAGAUAUUAAAACCCACAACUCCUCCAGAGGAAGCAGUCCUUUGGGAGGUGUUACUGAGGACUUUCUUGAAGAAGGGCAACUGAGAGAACUAGAUGAACUUUUAAAGAGUUUUGACGUGGAUGAAAAGGCUUCUCAUUCAGUCCAGCAUAUCCUCGAGAUGAUUGAAUUGCCCCGUAAAUAUUGCAGAUUUUACUUCAUGACUUUACGUGGGUGUGAAAGAGCAAAAUGUUGGUUUUGGCAUGUUCCUGAGCAAGGGGAUGAAAAGAUUUGCAUGGAAAUACUUAGGACAUACAUUAGUAUCAAAGAAUCAGGCCUUCUAAAACGUGCAGUCCAAAUAUUUGUGAAAUAUUACAGAGAAGUUACUCCUGGUGUGGAUUUUGCUUUUCAAGUGCUGAAUGAUCUUCUGAUUUCUUUGCUCAAGAACUGUUUGUUGAGGGAAGUAUUUCAGAUAUUGAAUGUAACUGUACAAAUCAAUACACUGCCAGCUGUAGAUGUUCUUCUGAAAGUUUUUGAGCAUGUGGCUUCUUUGAAUAUAAGAGACGCUGUGCCUACAUUAAUCAGUACCUUUUGUAAGCUCAUUGAUGCUGGUAUGUUCCUAGAGUUUGAACAUUUUGACUGUAUUAUUAAGUUCCUUCACCAAUUGCAAGUUUCCAGUCAGGAAAUAAAUAUUGUUUUGAACAUAAAAUCCAGAUUUCAGGAAAGACAUUUUGAAAAGAAUUGGCUUUUUGACUUCAAUUUGGCAGUGGCUGAAAUUCAGCAUUGCAAGGAAAAAAGUGAUUGGACCAAGCUGGGAGCUUUGUAUGUUAAUGCAAGAACUGGAUGUGAACAUUUUGAUGAUCUUCAGAAAUUGUCUUUAUGUAUUGCUGAAAUACUAACCAGAGAUUCUGAGACAGACAGACCAGGAGUUCCUUUUUGUGAUUUUGCUGAUGCAGUAAUAAAAAAUUCACGACAUAAUGAAGCAGACAGAAUUUUCAUUGGAAGGAUUGGCAUAAGUGUAAUGUAUUCUUAUCACAAAGUACUGCAGUGGAUAAAGGGAAGGAAGGUUUUGGAUAAAUUGCAUGAGCUACAGAUACGUUUUACAGUCUUGAAAGGACUUACAGGUGCAGAGAGGUUAGCAUCAAGAUGUCAAAUUGUUAAUAAAGCUGCAGAAAUUUUUCUUAAAACUGGAAGUUUGGAUGGAGCAAUAUGGGUAUUGAGAGAGUCAGAGUGGACCACAAAUGUGCCAUUGUGGCCCUGUGAUAAAAUGGACAUCCUCAAUCGACAUAAUCUGUUAUGUAUACUAGUGCACGAAUACUUGAAGAGGAGUUUAUACAGGCAGGCAUUUGAAGUUCUGCAGAACUUGCCAGGUUUUCAAAAUCAUUCUGAUGCUGUAGAUGUUUCUCAGUACAGCUGCCUUUUUAACAAGCUGAUAAAUGCCUGUUUUGAGAGCAAGAACCUUGGGGUCUCAUCUUCUGCAGUAGACUUCAUGCUUUCAAAAAACAUAGCUAUUGAUUUUUUUUUACUUAGAGGAUUAAUCACAGCUUUGGGAAGAAGUUCUUUGUGGUCUAAAGCUAGGACCUAUUACAAAAGUGCUUUAUCAUUGGGUUGUUACCCACCACUGCAGGGAAAUUUAUAUCACAAACUUUUGAUGAUUCCGUCUUACCUGUCUGAGGUUGAGAUGCUGUUGGCCAUUGAAAUAUUUCUUGUUUCAAAUGCCAGUGAUAUUCAAAAUCCAAUGGCUACUAGUCAGACUCUUCAAAUAAUACUGAAAAGAUGUGAAGAUCAGACAGUUCAGAAUAACAGUGACUAUCAAGCGGCAGUGGAGAGACUGAUCCUGGCUGCUCGUGUAUCUGAUCCAAAGCUUUUUCUUAAGCAUAUGACAAUGAAUGUUAAUAUGGAAGAAGUUUACAGCUUGGAGCUUACAUCUGCUCUAAAAUGGCUUCAGGAGAAUAUGAAAUGGGCUGGGAAGGUCUGGCUGUUUCAGUAG